AUGCGUGUCCCCAGGGGGAGGUCCUCAAGGUGGGUCACCGAGGUGGGGGGGGUCCCCAAGGCGCAGGGGGUCCCCGAGGUGGAUGUCACAGGUUUCCUGGAUGACACCAAAGUGAAGAACUUCAUCACUUGCUUCAAAGACGUGACCUUCCUCACGUUCUUCUUCACGCGGCUGGAGCGGAACCGCAGCGGCCGCUACGAGCGCGAAUUCCCGUUCGUGUCCCGCUGCGGCGCGGAGCGCAACCUCCUGCGCUGCGAGCACAGACCCAUCGUCUUCACCCGCCUCCUGCCCCCGGACGCCUCCUCCUCAGCCUCCUCCUGCUCCCGCCGCGCCGUGCUGUCGUUCUGCGGCGGCGGGGAGCGGCUGGCCGUGCCGUUCCGGCCCGAGGCGCUGGUGAUGCUGCCGGAGAACGGGCGCUUGUACCACCCGGCGCCGGGCCGGGCGGGGGGCGCGGGGCCGGUGCGCUCGGCGCUGGCUCUGGAGUGGGGGUCCCGCUUCGAGUACGAGCAGGGGCCGGAGCAGCCCCCGACUCACUUUUGGUGGGAGCGGAAGAGGUAUCGGCUCACGGCGGAGCUGGUCUCUGGCAAUUGA